CGCCCCCCGGGCCGCCGCCCCGCCGAGGUGCCGUCUGCCGGCCGCCGCCGCGGAGCUAGGAGCGCCGGGAGGCGCAGCUCCCUCAUGGCCCUGACCCUGUUCGAUACAGAUGAAUAUAGACCUCCUGUUUGGAAAUCUUACUUGUACCAGCUGCAGCAGGAAGCCCCUCACCCUCGAAGGGUCACCUGCACUUGCGAGGUAGAAAACAGACCAAAGUAUUAUGGAAGAGAGUUUCAUGGCAUGAUCUCUAGAGAAGAGACUGACCAGCUCCUGAGUGUGGCUGAGGGGAGCUACCUCAUCCGUGAGAGCCAGCGGCAGCCCGGAACAUACACUUUGGCUUUAAGAUUUGGAAGUCAGACCAGAAACUUCAGGCUGUACUACGAUGGAAAGCACUUUGUUGGGGAGAAACGCUUUGAGUCCAUCCACGAUCUGGUGACUGAUGGCUUGAUUACUCUCUAUAUUGAAACCAAGGCAGCAGAAUACAUUGCCAAGAUGACGAUAAACCCAAUUUAUGAGCACAUAGGAUACACAACCUUAAACAGAGAGCCAGCAUACAAACAGCACAUGGCAGUCCUGAAAGAGACACAUGAUGAGAAAGAGGCUACAGGCCAGGAUGGGGUGUCAGAGAAAAGGUUGACAUCACUUGUUAGAAGAGCAACUCUGAAAGAAAAUGAACAAAUUCCAAAAUAUGAGAAGGUUCACAAUUUCAAGGUGCAUACGUUCCGAGGGCCACACUGGUGUGAAUACUGUGCCAACUUCAUGUGGGGCCUCAUUGCUCAGGGAGUGAAAUGUGCAGAUUGUGGGUUGAAUGUUCAUAAGCAGUGUUCCAAGAUGGUCCCCAAUGACUGUAAGCCAGACCUGAAGCACGUGAAGAAGGUGUACAGCUGUGACCUGACAACGCUCGUGAAAGCUCACAUCACCAAGCGGCCAAUGGUGGUAGACAUGUGCAUCAGGGAGAUUGAGUCCAGAGGUCUGAAUUCUGAAGGACUCUACCGAGUGUCGGGAUUUAGUGACCUAAUUGAAGACGUCAAGAUGGCUUUUGAUAGAGAUGGUGAAAAGGCGGAUAUUUCUGUGAACAUGUAUGAGGACAUCAACAUUAUCACUGGGGCGCUUAAACUGUACUUCAGGGAUCUGCCAAUUCCUCUCAUCACCUACGAUGCCUACCCCAAGUUCAUAGAGUCUGCCAAAAUUAUGGACCCUGAUGAGCAAUUGGAGACCCUUCAUGAAGCACUGAGAUCUCUGCCGCCCGCCCACUGCGAGACGCUCCGGUACCUCAUGGCACACCUAAAGAGAGUGACCCUUCACGAGAAGGAGAAUCUGAUGAGUGCAGAGAACCUUGGGAUCGUGUUUGGUCCAACCCUCAUGAGAUCACCAGAGCUAGACCCCAUGGCCGCCCUGAACGACAUACGCUAUCAGAGACUGGUGGUGGAGCUGCUUAUCAAAAAUGAAGACAUUUUAUUUUAGAGUUUUGACUUCAGGAGAAAAGAAAUGGUUUACAGAUGAAGGAAUGUUUUCUAGUAAUUUAAUUAGCUUCAUUAGCUGAAUUGUUUCUUGAUUAGAGGUUUGGCCAAAUACCCAGAUUAAAAUGAAGGAACUUCCUGUCAUUUCUCUAGCACCACUCAGCCGUCCUUGUAAAACCGUGAACACACGCUUUCUGGUCCUGGUAAUCCUGGGUGUUUAUCAUGUUAAGAGAAACUCAAGCUACUGCAUGAUUACCCCUUUUUGGUGAGGAAACCCCAUAUUGAAGAAUCACAGACUUGUGCCUGCACCAUCUCUCUGUCCUGGGUUGUCUGUGGUUGUCACCCAGCAUGCUUCCCAGAGUAAACUGUCAUGACAUUGCUUUUGGGGUCCAUACCAUUGGUUUCUGAUGCUUGCACAUGCGCACACGUGCACACAUACGCACAUACACACACACACGCACAUACACAUACACACCACACACAUUCACACACAUACACACGCACACACACAUACACACCACACGCACUCACACACACACACACACACACGCACGCGCACACACACACACAGAGACACACACGUAUAAGCAGCACCCUGGCUGUUGCACUCUCAUCCCUGUACCAUACGCCAGCUCCACAGCAGUUCCUUCCCAGCUUCCUCCUCUCAGACAUAGUGCUUUGUCUUCAGCAGAAGCGAGACGUGUUUUCAGAUGUUACUUCAGUAAGCUUCCAAUAAAAAUGCACCACACAGCAUUUCCUGUUAAAUUAUUGGUUUUCAACUGUAAAUUUAUAUUUUUACCUGGCAUGCAGUUAUUAAUUUAUUAAAUUUGGCUUUUAGAAAUCAAAAACUUAUAGCUUUUUUCUUGCUGUGGGAAGAAUAGGAAAUCAUGUUUGGCAUUCAUUUAACAUCGAUUACUUCCCUAUCCCUGCCUGUCACUAAAAUACUGUGGUAAUCUCCUAAAAUAACUUAAACUGCCUAGAAUCGACAUUCAUUCAUUGGGUUUAUUUUUUCUCCUAUUAUUCUGGGAGAAAUCUGUAACAUUUUCUCCACUUUGGGGUCAGUUUUCCAUCCAAGGAGGGCUAAGGGAAAGGGCUCUGAACACCUGCCUGGCCUGUCUGGAACAGCCAGGGUCCUGUGUGUGAUGUCAUAACAUGCUCUGUGACAAGGCAGCUUGUCGGGCAGAGAGCAGGUCUGCACUGGAUGAAGGGAGCCUGAGAUCUGUGUUUGGUCAGCCAUCUUGUUAUGCGUCUCAGACCGUUAGAGGAGCAUCCACCUAAACUGAAGCUCCAUCCUGCUUUAAACAGUGAACAGAACCUGUGUGGUUUUAGGUUUCCAGUAAUAAAAGUGCUGUACUCCCAGCACUUGGGAGGACAGAUCAGGAGGAUGGAGUUCAGGGCCAGCCCAGGAUACACGAGACCCUGUAUCCUCCGUGGAACGGCUGAGCACAUUGGUGUACUGUGGUCCUAACUACUAAAGGAAAGAGGUGCACUUGAAUCCAAGGGUUCAAGACCAACUCAGGCAAGCUGAGAAAAGUGACUCAAAAUAAAAGGUGAAG